AUGACGCUGAGGCUGCGGCGCUGCAGAACCAGGAUCUCGGGCAGCAAGAGGCGGAAAUGCAAAUACAGAACAAAUGCAAAUGCAAACACGCGCCAGGGCCCUUCUGCAAAUCAGAUUCUCCUGGAGUUACAACAACGGGCCACUGCAACCGCUGGGCACGCCGCUGGCGGGCUCCGGGCACCCCGCGGCGGCGCCAGCCCCGCGUCGCGGCUCCCGAGGCGGCGGAAUCCCCGGCCCGCGUCCCUCCCGAGCCUGCUCCGCUUCCCCGGGCGCCCGGGCGACCCCCGCUUCCAAGCCGAGCUUCGAACCCGGUGGUCCCGACGCGGACCCGACCGCUCCUCUCGGGCCAUGGGCACCUACACCUUCACCAGCCGGCCGCGGGUGCUGCCGUGCCAGCGGGCCCGUUACCGGGAGGACCUGCUGGAAUCUGAUGAACCCAUGAGAUUCGGGAACAUAAUGUAUGAUCGAAGGGUGGUCCGAGGCAACACUUAUGCACUUCAGACACUGCCCGAGCCGAAGCAGCCCGAGCUCGUCCGUUCUCACAGAAAGCGCCGUGACUCCAGGAAGACGCUGGCCCAGAAACGGGCGGUAGAGCAGCUGAAGGCGGAAACACCCGAGGCCGUGGAGGGCCGAAAACACGUGGAUGUCCAGACAGAAUUAUACCUUGAGGAAAUUGCUGACCGUAUGAUAGAAGUUGAUAUGGAGUGUCAAACAGAUGCAUUUCUGGACAGACCACCAACACCACUCUUCAUCCCAGCCAAAACUGGCAAAGACGUCGCCACCCAGAUACUAGAAGGAGAGCUCUUCGACUUUGACAUUGAGGUCCGGCCCAUGUUGGAGGUGCUGGUGGGCAAGACCAUCGAGCAGGCGCUGCUGGAAGUGAUGGAGGAGGAGGAGCUGGCGGCGCUGCAGGCCAGCCAGUCGGCCUUCCGGGAGAUGCGCAACGUCGAGCUGGCCGAGGUGCAGCGGCUGGAGGAGCAGGAGCGGCGGCACCGCGAGGAGAAGGAGCGCCGCAAGCAGCAGCAGUGGCAGAUCGUCAGCAAGCAGAACGAGACCUCGCAGAAGAUCGCGGCCCGGGCCUUCACCCAGCGCUACCUGGCCGACCUGCUGCCCUCCGUCUUCGACAGCCUGCGGGAAGCCGGCUACUUCUAUGACCCCGUGGAGAGAGAUAUCGAGCUGGGCUUCUUCCCAUGGCUAAUGCAUGAAGUCGACAAAGCCAUGGAGCACCAACUAGUGGGAAGAACAGUGGUGGACAUGCUGAUCCGCGAGGUGGUGGAGAGGAGGCUGACGGCGUUCGAGUGGAAGGAGGGCAGGUUCCCGUACACAACGAUGGACACGCAGGUCAGCUGGCCCGAAGCCGUGAAUGACAUCCAGAUGCCCUUCCCUGCCCCAGAGCAGGCAGGGGUGUCGCUGCAGCCCCCCUACCUGGGCACAGACCCCUCGCAGACAAACAUUUAUCAGGGGAAUUAUUGGGGCCCAGCACCCCAGGACAUGAACUUCAUGGAUGAAACCUGGCAGGACCCGGAGAAGAGGGGAAGUUUCUAG